AUGUUCUCCCUUCCCGCCCGUCUACCCCGGGCCUUGUCCCGCCGCGGCCCGUCAACCCUCCCACAUUCUCGGAUCCCGACCCAGAUCCAGAUCCAAACACAGACCCCCAAACGCUCCGUCGGAUCUGCCCCCCGACUCCAAGCUUACAUUUCCGAUAUUCGCCAGACGAACAACCACAACCACCUCCUCGACGGCGGGCCUGGCAUCCUCCCCCAUACUCAGAGUUUUGGCAACAGCAAUAAUAACAGCGCGACAAGAACGAUACCGAUUCGCGAGGCACGAGCUCCUCCCCCAGCUAUUGCAGCUACUCCUACUCCUGCUCUUAUAACCCCCUCGACAAACCUUACAGGUUUACCAGCCCCUGCAGAAGAGUCAAUGGUACCAUCCGUGGUCUCCUCCCACGCACAGCAGCUACAGAACCGUGAGGAGUUCUGGCGCAAGGUACCCAUCUGGCGGGAUGUUGCGGCAGAGGAUUUCCUGUCGUAUAGUUGGAGUACCCGAAACAUGGUCGAGACCAAAGCCCAACUGCACCAGUUCCUGCAAGCUACCCUGCCCGACGAGGUUCCCUGCGACGGUCUCAACCCCAACGCCACCGUCAAAGGGCAGACCCAGACCCGCGAGGCCUUCAUGUCGGAUGUCUUCGAGGGCAUCACAGCCGCGACAAUGGCGGUGCGGAUGACCCCCUACAUCCUCAGCCGAAUCAACUGGCUCGACCCGCGCAACGAUCCCAUCGCAAGACAAUUCCUCCCUCUCAAAUCCCGCAUGAUCCCCGACCAUCCCAAGCUGGCACUCGACUCUCUACACGAAGAAGCCGACUCACCAGUCAAGGGGCUGGUCCAUCGGUAUCCCGACAAGGCUUUAUUUCUGCCAACAUCCGUCUGCCCAACCUACUGCACCUUCUGCACACGAUCCUACGCCGUCGGCGCCUCCACUCCCACCCUCUCCAAAACCCCCUUCAAGCCCGGCCGGCGCCGGUGGGACGCCGUAUUCGCCUACAUCGCCUCCCAGCCCCAGCUGCACGACAUCGUGGUCUCCGGCGGCGACGCCUACUACCUCCAACCGGACCAACUAACCGAGAUUGGUGAACGACUCCUAGCGUUGCCGAAUAUUCGGCGGUUUCGGAUUGCGUCCAAGGGGCUGGCGGUUGCGCCGGGGCGGGUGUUGGAGGGGCGGUUGGGGGAGAAGAAGGGGGCUGGGGAUGGAUGGGUGGAUGCGAUGGUUGGGUUGGCGAAGAAGGCGAGGAAGGUCGGGAAGGCGAUGGCGUGGCAUACGCAUUUUAAUCAUCCGCGGGAAGUGUCGUGGGUGACGGAGAUGGCGGCGCAGCGGUUGUUUGAGGAAGGGGUGAUGGUGCGGAACCAGACGGUGCUGUUGCGUGGGGUGAAUGAUGAUGUGGCGACGAUGGGGGAGUUGAUUCGUGUUUUGGCGGAUAAUAAGAUCUUUCCCUACUACGUCUACCAAUGCGACAUGGUCAAGAGCGUCGAGCACCUUCGCACCCCGCUACAAACCAUCCUCGAUCUCGAGGCCCAGCUGCGUGGUUCCAUCGCCGGCUUCAUGAUGCCCUCGUUCGUCGUCGACCUACCCGGCGGCGGGGGCAAGCGUCUGGCCUGCUCGUACGAGUCGUACGACCGCGCCACGGGUGUGUCUACGUACAGGGCGCCCGCGGUCACGGGACGGGAUAAGGAGAACCGGGUGUAUGAGUACUAUGACCCGGUCGGGGAAGUCUUGAAGGGUUGA